UCCCCUCCCCUGGAGAGGGAAGGUUGGGGUGGGAGAGGGUAUUGUAUGUAUUUGUCUCUCUCUCAGGACACAGUUCUUGAUCAUCUUGAUUUUCGGAGAGAGACACCUCAAACUGUCCCAGCCGCUGGGCGAGGGCAGCGCCUGCUGCUGUAACCUUUCCCUCCGGGUGCAGGAAUUGUCCGCUGCGCCUUUAACUGGGGUCGUUACACCGGCGGCCGAGCUGCAGGAAGAAGCAGCAGCAGCAGCGCGUGGUGCCCUGUCGGCUGCUCCCCUCCGGCUCCCGGCGCUGCAGCCUGAACCCCGGGAGAGGUGCCGCUAGAGGCAGCCGAAGGAAACAAAUGUGGCCACGGAGCGCAAGACGCCUUGUCUCCCCGUGCGCUAGGAGAGCUCCAGCGGCGAGCCGCUAGGGCGCAGCCGGCUCGGAGAGCGGCGGCCUCGGGCAGGUGCGGGACUCGGUGCUCAGCUGCAGGAGCCGAGGCGCCCGGGGAGAUGGCGAAAGCCUCACGCCCAGCUGGUCCUCGCAGAUUCAGUGGUGCUCAGUGGCACAUGCAGAACAUCAUUAAUGACUCUGUGGAGAGCUCAGACGAUGAAUUUUUUGAUGCCCGAGAGGAGGUGGUGGAAGGGAAAAGUGCCAUUCUCAUCGGAAUGAGCCAGUGGAACUCCAAUGACUUGGUAGAGCAGAUCGAAACAAUUGGGAAGCUGGAAGAAAAUCAAGCAGGUGAAGAGUCUGCGGUUUGCUCGUCUGGAUUUCUCCAGGAAAAGCAACGUGAAUUAUAUAGAGCCUCUUUGAGAAAACAAAGAUUCCCUGCACAAGGCAGCAUUGAAAUACAUGAGGACAAUGAGGAAGGAGCUCAGCACAGGAACUGUAAAACUCACGUCCUUAUUCUUGUCCUACAUGGGGGCAACAUCUUAGAUACAGGAGGAGGGGACCAGAACUGCAAGAUGGCUGACAUCAACACCUUCAGUUCCGUGUUUGAAAAGGUGACCCGAGCCCAUUUCCCUGCUGCACUGGGCCACAUCUUAAUCAGGCUUGUCCACUGCCCAGCCAUCUGUUUGGAGGCUUUCUCUCUUGUUUCCAACCUGAAUCCCUACAGCUAUGAUGAGAACUGCCUGAGCAGUAGUGAAGACCACAUCCCACUGGCUGCCUUGCCCUUGCUGGCCAUUUCCUCCCCUCAGUACCAGGAUGCAGUUGCCAUGGUGAUUAGCAGAGCCAACCAAGUUUACAAUGAAUUUCUCAAGUCUCCAGAUGGGACUGGUUUUAAUGGACAGGUGUGCCUCAUCGGUGACUGUGUUGGAGGAAUUUUGGGGUUUGACGCCAUCUGCUACAGUGCUGGCACUGCGGGUGAGAGUCAGAACAGUAGCAGGAGAGGGAGCCUCGGCAGCAUGCAGGAUAAUCCCCUCUUAGCAGAGGAUUCCAGUCUGGGUGGCAGCAAACGCCUAAGCAAAAGUAAUAUAGACAUUUCGGGAACCAUGGAGGAUGAGGAGCCAAGGCAACCGUUGCCAAGGAAACAGAGCGACUCAUCCACUUAUGACUGUGAUACUAUAUCCCAACACCAUGCUUUCCUGUCUAGUAUCCACGCGAGUGUUAUGAAGAACGAUGCAGACUUUCCUCCUAUGAGCAGCUCCAGUCUCUCAGAAGUAAACCUGGGACGGUUUGAAUUUGAAGUUUCAGAUUUCUUCCUGUUUGGAUCACCCCUUGGUUUAGUACUGGCCAUGAGGAGUACUGUUCUGCCUGGACUGGACGUGUGCCAGGUCCGUCCAGCUUGCAGCCAAGUAUACAGUUUCUUUCACUCUGCUGAUCCCUCUGCCUCCAGGCUUGAGCCAUUGUUGGAGAAAAAAUUCCACCUCUUGCCUCCAUUUAACGUCCCAAGGUACCAGAGAUUUCCACUGGGAGAUGGAAGAUCACACCAGUUAGCUGACACUCUUCACAACCAGAGCGCCCUGUUUCUUGAGAACAUCUCCAGGGUCACGCCCUCCUCUCCAGAGACUCCAGAAUCUCCAGACACGCUGAGUGAGUCACAAGGAAAGACAAGGAGGACAAGCUUGGUCAGCACGAACAGCGAAACCUCCGGGUCGACCGAGAGCUUGCCAUCAGCAAACAUCUCCAGCAUUACUGCCAAAUGGUGGGGAACAAAGAGAAUAGAUUACGCCCUGUACUGCCCAGAUGUUUUAACAGCAUUCCCAACAGUGGCCCUGCCCCAUCUCUUCCACGCCAGCUACUGGGAAUCAACUGACGUAGUGGCAUUCAUUUUAAGACAGGUGAUGAGGUAUGAAAAUGUGAAUGUCAAGGAAAAUGACAGCUUGGACCCUGCAACACUAAGCCCCUCCAAUCCACGAGAGAAAUGGCUACGCAAGAGGACACACGUCAAGCUCAGAAAUGUAACUGCCAAUCACAGAGCAAAUGAUGUCAUUGCAGCUGAAGAUGGUCCUCAGAUACUGGUUGGGCGGUUUAUGUAUGGUCCCCUGGAUAUGGUCGCUUUAACAGGUGAAAAGGUUGAUAUCCUUAUUAUGACUGAACCCUCUUCGGGCAGGUGGGUGUAUUUCGACACAGAGAUCACCAAUAGCAGUGGCAGGAUAUCCUACAACAUACCCAAACAGAAGAGGCUUAGAGUUGGCGUGUAUCCGAUCAAAAUGGUGGUUAGGGGCGACCAGAGCAAUGCAGUGAGUUACCUGACUGUGCUUCCCCCGGGAAUGGAGUGUGUGGUGUUUAGCAUUGAUGGCUCCUUUGCUGCGAGUGUCUCAAUCAUGGGUAGUGACCCCAAAGUCCGAGCUGGGGCAGUCGACGUUGUCCGCCACUGGCAGGAUCUGGGAUAUCUGAUCAUCUAUAUCACUGGCCGUCCUGAUAUGCAAAAGCAGAGAGUGGUCUCAUGGUUAUCUCAGCACAACUUUCCUCAAGGGAUGAUUUUCUUCUCGGAUGGGCUUGUUCAUGACCCACUACGACAAAAGACUAUUUUCCUCCGGAAUCUAAUGCAAGAGUGCUACAUCAAAAUUUGUGCUGCGUAUGGCUCAAUGAAGGAUAUUUCCGUGUACAAUGUUUUGGGUCUGUCGCCUUCCCAGAUCUACAUAGUUGGACGUCCAACAAAGAAAUACCAGACUCAAUGUCAGUUCCUCAGUGAAGGUUAUGCGGCACACUUAGCCUUGCUGGAAUUCAGUCUCCAUUCACGGCCCAAGAAGAACAACUCCCGGAUGAUCUUGAGGAAAGGAAGCUUUGGCCUGCACUCCCAGCCCGAGUUUCUGCGGAAACGGACUCACCUUCGCAGGACUAUGUCUGUGCAGCAGCCUGACCCACCUUCGUCAAACCCCAAACCAGAGCGUGCCCAGAGCCAGCCUGAAUCAGACAAAGAUCAUGACAGGCACCUGCCCCCUAUAGCCUGGGUUCGAGGUGGGGUCCAUAAAUUUGAGUCUGCGCCUUAGGAAGCAUUGAGGUGUAAGUCUUGGGUGCCGGCCAAUCAAGCUGUAGGCAUGAGGUAGGACACAUAACCAGAGCCUUCCUUGCUCUGGAAUCUGCCUUCUCAAACCAAGUAGGGAACUUUGUUUGUUCCUCUUAACAUACCUAUAAUAAAACUUUAAAUCCAGAUCUAAAACUAUCGCAAGUGCUUAACAUCAAAACUGCAAAAUAGGUCUUAGAAUUUUUUUUACAAGACACAUUAUAAAAUGUACAAUAAGAGAAAAGCUUUAACAGAUUGAUUUUACUCAAGGGAAGAUGCUUAAAGGAGUGACAUCAGCUAAUUAGUAGCACCUUAAAAAAAAAAAAGCAUAAGCAGGUAAAAUGAGUGAAAGAGAAGGGUUACAUUUUAAAACCCUAAUGGCUGUAUCAGUUGCUGCUAUACUCCUGAGAAAGUGUUUACACAGAAGGGAAGUGCAGGUGGAGUGGAAGGCAAACUCUUUGGGUACCUUAAACCCAAGAAAAUUUCCUUUGGCUUGCGGUGUUGAUGAAUGUGCAUCAGCUCAAGUUCUGAUCCAUACAUCUUAUAAGUGAGGUAGCCAGACUUAAAAUAUACACUAGAGAAAUCUACUUAUGAACCAAAUCAUAAACACCUGAUGUUUAAAAAAAGAAAAAUGUCUCUGCAGUCUGAAGCACUGAUAGUGUUGCUAUAUACAAAAAUCACUUUUUUUGGAGCUUGUUGACUGUACAAAUGUUUGAAUUCCUUCAAGCAACAAGAUGGGUUUGACCCUUUAGAUAUAAGACAUGGAUCCUACAUAGGUCAGCUAAAGAAAUCCCUCUUCUGUAGCGUCUCCAGAAUUUUACAAUGGAUGAAAAUGAGUGAUAAAAUCAUAACCGGUUUUAUAUUGGUAAUUUUUCUCUUAGCAUAUUGUUUUUUAAACAGCAGUGACAUGAAAGUGUAGUGCAGUUUCUGUUAAAACAAUCUUACUGUAUUUAAAAUACUCACAUUUAAGCUUCAUAGAAACUAGAUGCUAUGAAAUUGCAGCUGCUAGUUAAAAGUACUCAUUUUCUAAUUAUCGAAAAAUUCCAUUUAGAUGUUCUCAGCUCAGUUAGAAGGAUCUACUGGAGGCAACUGUGUGGGAAUCUCCCUAAAUGUUCACAUUUCAGAGGUAAAUUUUGUAGUCGUUUUAGGAUAGAAGCAAAGAGCCAGAUCCUGCAAAUUCUUACUCAGUGAUAACUCCUACUGAGCUGAAUUCAGUGGAGAAACUAAAACUUGGUUGUAAGCGCUCAGGAACACCACCUCUUACAGGAUUAAACACUGGUUUGUGCAAAAAUCUAGCGUCACAUUUCCUGAAAGAUCUAGUAGCUUUUCACAAUAAAAUUAAUGUUUCUCUUACCCCGGUUAAAUUAAACUGGAGUUUUGACGUUAAAAUUAAGACACUGAUUGUUUUGCAAGCUCACGCUAGUUAGGAUCGGGUACUUAAAGCUAACUGUUUUAUUUAUGUCCUUUGCUCAGUGUCUCCUUGGCGCCAGGUCAUUUGGACAUAAAAGCUAAAUGUAAGAUCUCCCAGAGCAACACUUAAAAUAGUGCUUAGGUUUAAACUGUCUUUUUCUGUGUAAUGUCACAAAUCCUCUAACACACAGCACUUUAAAUGGUUAUGUGUUCUGUCUUUGCCCUCUGUGUCCCUCUCAUCCACCCUCUGCAACCAGACUGAAAUCACACAGGCUGCAAAGCAGGGCAGAAACUAGCUCCCUGCGCUCCACUGACUACUAGUAUCAGCAUGCAUGGCUCCACAGACUUUAGUGGAGUCGUGGCUGCUUCUCCCAGUGAUGAAUCUGGCUCUCCACUGCUGCUCUACGGGCAAGGAAAAGCAAGUAAUGAAGAUGGGUGGCUGGUGCUGAAUCUAUCUGAUGCCUCUCUUCUGACUAACAGGUACUAACAAAAAAUGCCCAUAAAACAUACAGUAAAAAGCUUGCUACGGUGAUCUACAUCUGACCACUAACGGUUUACAGAUUCAGCAGAUUCACUCCUUUAUUGUCCUUAGAGCAGUUUUAUUUGCUUGGGGCUAUGGUGACUGGCCAACUGUUUUAGGCUCUCUUCACUGCAAAACUUCUGAGAUACAGUAUUUUUCAGCUUACCUCAAGUUUAACGGGCAGGGGAGCAUACGACUUUUCAGAUUUGUCUAUUGAGUUCCUACCUGUAAUCGGAUGGGCAGAUCUAAAGGUGACAUUGAUUGUUUAGCUCAAAAUUACAUUUUUUAAAGCAGCUCUGUGUUACAGCAUGUACCCUGCUGGUGGUAAUUGUGCAAUUCAAAGCUAUUGUUGCUUUAGCUAAUGUCUACCUCUAUCAGCCACGAGGCUCCAAAACCAGCUUCGCCUAUAUAUUUAUCUAAUUCUCCUAUUAAUCUCAUUCUGGAAAGAAAUAUAGAUGAGUUGGAACUGUGUCCAUCAUUAAGGAAAAUGAGCCUGAAAGUUAUAACAAUGUUUUUAACUUGAAUUUUUCAUUAAUACCUGGGUCUCUUAUGAGAAGCCAGUACAAUAGCUUCUAGUCAACCGUAUAAUAAUUUAAGCAGUGAAAUAAGUGCUAGUCUGUGUACAUGAUUAGAAUGUCAGCAUUUUAAAUGUUACUACAUACAGUAUUAGAUUGCAGCUGAGAAAAAUUAACUCCUCGACUUGGUUUUAUGAGCUAUGGGAACUCAUGUGGCCUUAGUAUAAUUCCAAUAUUGCUUAUUGCUCAGGGAUUGAAUGUUUUACCCUCUGCUCACAAUCCCACAACAUAUUCAAGUUACAGGUUAAUGUUUCAUACCAGUUUCCAGCCCGUGUUCCAAAAUUUCAGAAGAUUUAAAGCAGUUGGGUUUUUUCCUUGCUCUAGAUUAUUAGUCACUAAAAUGGUGUUGUCAUUUCAGUGGGGCUGAGAGUAUCAGUAUGGUAAGAAGAAUGACAUGAAAUCUCUGAACUAGCUGGGCCUACAAACAAGUUAUUAUGUAAUUGGAAAUUUGGGAACCCAGCUGUAUAUUAAAACUUGCAUCUAAUUUAUGCUGUGUCCAGGUAGCUCUUUUAUGGAUGCUGACCUAGGCCCAGUUAUGUUAAAUUGUCAAUCCCUGUUAUCUCCUAAAGGAUUUGCUUCUUGCCAGAUUGUUUACAUGCCAUGAUUCAUAGGCUUUGAAGUAGGAAAGUCUGCACCUGUUGAGUUAAGUGGAAUUUCAAAAUCAAUUUAAGUCUUCAUUCAGUUUUGCUUAAACUUUCACCAAGGGGAUUAGCUGUGCUUUUUAAAAUUUCAUUCAUUAGCAGAUUGGGUUUGGGUAUCAUUUUCCGUUUGUAUCAAGUUACUACCAGAUGUCUCUGCACACUCAAAACUAUCUUGGUUGUGAAUUAAGACAUCAAUGGAAGUUUUGGGUGCUCACAGAACACAGGUUGAGCACAUAAUUUCUGCACUUCAGUGCCUCCUGACUGCUUGAUAUGGAAAAGCACAGUCUUCUGCCCAGGUAAACUGAGGGAAUAAUUGGAAAUGUAAAAUGUAAUGUAAUAUUUUAGUGAGGAGUCAUAGCAGUCAAAGUUAAAUGCACAAGGAAGGUAGGCUGUGACUAGAAACACUUAUUUCUCCGCCAUGUUUAUGGACCCAGUUUAUUACUGUAAAAAAAAAAAACCUGAUUAACUAGCAGUGGUGGUCUGUUAUCUAAGCUAUUGUGAAAAGACACCUUCAGAGCUGUGGUGUUUGUUGUGCGUGUGUGUAUAUAUUUACUGACUUCAUUACAACCCUAUGUGAAGUUUUGGUAAAGCUUUCACAGCAAAUUUGUAACCAAUAUGCAUUUUUUUACAAUAGCUAUUUGGUCUAUUUUGUUGUCCUGUUUUUUGGGGGGAGAAGUAGCAUUGUAAAGAGUGCAGAAUAUUCCACAGACACGCAUAGUAAUGGUAAUCCAAAUUUUAUGAGUAUGUCACUAAAAUGUUUAAGUACAUGUUUGCCUACACUAGUGCUCUUGAAACAAAAUCAUCUUGCUUGACCAAAGUUUUCUUGUUUAUUCUGUGGCAUGUUUUAUAUCUAUUCAGCAUACUACUUUGUUAGGUGUGAACUACACAACAUCUAUUGUCCUUCUCCGUCACUGGGGUUCAAGAGUUAGCUGCCGUUUUGAUAUGGUUAGAUGGGAAGAAAAGCAUUAAUCGUGUUCCAUUCUCCACUAUUUAGUACAUCUAGCAGCCUUUAUACUAGAGAGUUCAGACUUUAGAAGAUGGUAUUAGAGGGCCCUCUCCUCUUAUUUGCUACUGCUUUCAAAGUAGCUAGGGCAUAUUUCAGGAGUUAUAGGGAGACAGAAAAAGCCAUUAGCGAAGAUGGUGACACUUCUGUCAAAUUCUCAUGCUCUUGUGGGGCACAGAAAGCAUGUAAACAGCCCUUGUACCUGGUUCUGCUGAACAGGAUGCCCUGCUUCCACUCUGCAAAAAUUGUGUGCAUAUGCAUCUAAACAAAUCCAGUAGUUUGCAUAUAAUCUGGUUUUAAAAGCAAAUAGCCAAGAGCACUUUCCCCUAUAAUUUUUCAAGACUGAAUGUAAAACAACUGGUAAAGAACAGCACUAAAAGCAAAAACAUUUCCCCCACCCCCCACUAUCCACACCACAAGAAAGUUAACUGACACUAUAUAUUAACACAAUAGCAGCAAGUUGCUUUUAAACGCAUUUCUUUAAUCCUACAUUAUUAAUAGAAGUAUCUCCUCUGCCUCUCUUUUUUUCCUGUUUAAGGGACUGAAAACUCUGAAUGUGGAGUCACAGAAUUUCCAGCUGGUUAUUCCCUUUGGGGAGUGGAGAAAUUAGGCACGUGGCCUUUUUUCACCCUGCCACCUAAUGUGUCUGACCUCACUGUCCCUGGAAGCAUAGCUGUUCUACAGGAGAUUGGAGGGUGGGAGUGAGUUCUAACUACAGACUAGGGUGAGUAUGAAAACAUACUCAUUUCCCAGGCUACAGAUAGCAGCCAGUGAUCCUGCUUGGAAUGGAGCUCCCUGAGGGAGUUGAAAAUAACACAGCCGACACUUCCCUUUUUGGCUCAGAUCCAUGAAAAGGGGAUGAUGAGCUGGCCUGUAAUUAUUUUAAAAUUUGACAGUAAGCAGGCCCAGUUUUAAAGGAAGGGGUGGAAAAAUGUGAGUUAGCUGUCAAUACGCUCUGAGAGUCAGUGCUUUUUUGGGUAUGGGAAGGCUAAGUAAAGGCAGGUUUACAUGUAAAAUGGAACACUAAAGUUGUGGAAAACAGCAAGUUCUAAAUAUUGGAAGCUACUUCUGGGUCUAGAAGGGCAGUCUCAUGGCAGAACCCCAACCCCAAAGCAUACUAUUUUUUUUAUUUAUGUGGGAAGACAAAAUGUCUACUUAACUGAAUCCCUGUGAGGAGACUUGAAAUUGUACAUGGUCUUUGAGUCUACAGUUUUACUAAGUGUAUACUUUUAAAUAGUGUCAGUGGGAAGGUUCUAUCUAUGGUGACAAAUGUUUAUAUUUCCUAUGGCUGCCUUGUAUAAAUUAAAAAAACCUGUACAAUAAUGAAUUUCUUAACAUUAUGAACUAAGGAGUAAGAUUUUUACAACUGGUCUAGAUUUUGAUGUGAGCUGGUUUUUAAAAAUCUUAUAAAAAGCUAGUCAAAUAAAAGCCUUCUUUGCCUUUAAAUGACAGCGUUGUGGGUUUUUC